AUGGCGACGGAAUUCGAGGAUGUGCUCACGAACCAGCCGGUGGUGAUUGACAACGGCUCUGGGACUAUCAAGGCUGGAUUCGCAGGACAGGACCAUCCGAAAUGCUUCUUCCCGUCUUUUGUCGGACGGCCAAAACAUGUCCGAGUAAUGGCAGGGGCACUAGAGGGCGACGUCUUCAUCGGGCGCAAAGCGCAAGAAGCCCGCGGACUCCUCAAGAUCAAGUAUCCGAUGGAACACGGGAUUGUGACGGACUGGGAUGACAUGGAACGAAUAUGGAGCUGGGUGUAUGCUGAGGAGCUGGGAACUCUGAGCGAAGAGCACCCAGUACUGCUCACGGAAGCCCCGCUCAACCCGCGGCAUAAUCGUGAUGUCGCCGCGCAGAUAUUCUUCGACACUUUCAACGUUCCUGCUCUAUAUAUUUCCGUUCAAGCUGUACUGUCACUGUAUUCUUCAGGCCGAACAACAGGAAUCGUUCUAGAUUCCGGAGACGGCGUAACCCAUGCUGUUCCUGUUUUCGAAGGCUUCUCCAUGCCACAUGCUAUCCGGAGGGUAGAUGUCGCAGGUAGGGACGUCACAGACCACCUCCAGCUCCUCCUAAGGAAGGCCGGUCACCACUUACACACAACCGCUGAGCGCGAGGUCGUGCGAACAAUCAAGGAGAAAUGCUGCUAUGUUGCAUUGAACCCUGCGAAGGAGGAGAAGGAUUCACUAGGCCGGAGCGAGGAAUUCCGUUUGCCCGACGGCAACACUGUUCAGCUCGGCCCCGAGCGAUUCCGCGCACCGGAGAUUCUGUUCAAUCCCGAGCUGAUUGGUCAGGAGUAUGCUGGCGUGCACCAGGUUGUUGUGGACUCGAUCAACAGAGUGGACUUGGACCUAAGGAAGAGCCUGUUCUCAAACAUCGUGCUCAGCGGCGGCAGCACGCUCUGUAGAGGAUUCGGUGAUCGCCUGCUAAAUGAGGUGAAGAAACUUGCGCUAAAAGACGUCAAGAUAAAGAUCUAUGCUCCCCCAGAACGCAAGUAUUCGACGUGGAUUGGUGGAUCCAUCUUGGCUGGCCUCAACACCUUCAAGAAGAUGUGGGUAUCAGCUGAAGAAUAUCAGGAGGAUCCGGACAUCAUUCACAAGAAACUGGGUUUCUGA